UCGACAUUGGUAUUUUUCACCUACCGAUGCAGCAGUGUGCCUAAUUGUUUGUUCCUCUGCCGUCCUACUGCAUAUACACCUCUUCGCAGUUUCCAACUGCAACACCACUUCGCCAUGGCUACCAAUGCCUCGGUCGUUUUCGACCUCCCGCCGCUUCCGACUUAUACCCUGACGCCGCGUCCUCCGCUUCUUGCUCCCAUCCCGGACAACCUCCUCGCCCUUAUACUUCCCAUCAUCGCCUACUGGGCUCUGUCUAUGGUCUAUCACUAUAUCGAUGUCAACGACUACUUUCCGCAAUACCGUCUGCACACGCCCGCGGAAGUCUUGAAGCGAAAUCAUGUCACGCGCUGGGAGGUGGUGAGGGAUGUCAUUCUCCAGCAGAUCAUCCAAACGAUGGCUGGCCUGGCACUCGCAUAUUUUGAUGAUAUUGAAUAUCUGGGCAAGGAUGAAUAUAAUGUUGCGGUUUGGGCACGUCGACUCCGCUUGGUGCAAAAGGCGAUCCCCCAGCUGUUGGCAUUCGUUGGAAUCGACGCAGUGGGUCUCGGCAAGAAUCUCUCGCAGAAUGGCUGGUCGAUGCUUGGAGGAGCUAUAGCCGGCGGUCGCUACCCAGGAGUCACCCAGUCGAUGAUCUUGGAGAGCGGAGUGGAAGCCGUGGUUCCAGCUUUCACCAACUGGGAGCUGUCAGCCGCCAGUGCCAUCUACUGGUACCUCAUUCCGACUCUGCAAUUCGUGUGGGCUGUCUGUGUUGUCGAUACCUGGCAGUACUUCCUGCAUCGCGCGAUGCACAUGAACCGUUGGCUCUAUGUGACCUUCCAUUCCCGUCACCAUCGACUGUACGUGCCGUAUGCUUUCGGAGCCCUUUACAACCACCCUGUCGAAGGGUUUGCGCUCGAUACUGCCGGCACCGGAAUUGCGUUCCUGACGGCCUGCAUGAGCAAUCGUCAGGGCAUGUGGUUUUUCACGUUCUCCACCAUCAAAACUGUGGAUGAUCACUGCGGCUACGCUUUCCCUUGGGACCCGUUGCAGCAUUUCACCUCGAACAACGCGGCUUACCAUGAUAUUCACCACCAAAGCUGGGGCAUCAAAACUAACUUCUCGCAACCGUUCUUCACCAUCUGGGAUCGUUUCUUUAAAACUCAGUGGAAAGGUGACGUCCAGCUCCGCUACGAACGUUCCCGCGAAGCUGCGCAGAAGAAGGUUGACAACGAUGCUGCCGGCAUCGCCAACGAAAGUAGUGACUCUGUCUCUUCUGGGACCACUACGCCUACGCUUGCUCGAUCACGAGAUGAGUCAACGUCGCGGCCGCGACGCAGAAAGACAGUGACUCUGUCCCCUCACGUCGAUGGAUUCAAGGGUGAGCUGCAGGCCGUCUCCUGACCACUGCGGGUAUUGCUGUUUACUCUUCGCUACCUUGACCUUGUCCUAUGUUUUACUAAUAUCCCUUUCGGUUUCAUGGAGACUACGCCGAUGACUAUACCAUGGUUUCAUUACUUCUUGCUCGGUACUAUCUUGGACUGCACUCGAACCCUCACACCCAGCUGUGAGACUGCGGCUUAAUGACU